GUGCAGGUGCCGCGAGUGCCAUUUGUAUCGCCGGUGUUCGAGAACGCGCGACGGGACACAAGAAUGUUUGCAGCGGCCAACACCGCCGUGGGAGCGGGAGCUGGGGCGGGGCUUUCCGCCGGCAAUGAAAGGGAGCCUUCUAUAGGGGAAGCACCAUUGCUUCCGGUCGCCUAUCCGACCUCCGGAUCGCUCCCCUUUCCCUAUCCGGCGGGGCCCUAUCCGCAGCAAGCGGCCCUCAUGGACGCCCUUCUCGAGGGAAUUCCCCGCCGAGAAACCGGGGGGGGGACGGCCACGCCCGCAGCGAGUGCAGGCACGCAAACGCAAACACAAACACAAACACAAACACAAACCCGCAAGACCCGCAUCCUGGCCCUGGAAUCGCCAACGGGGACGGGGAAGAGCCUCUCGCUGGCAUGCGCGAGCUUGGCGUGGCUGGACCACGAGGAACGYCUCUACCGGGAUUCCGGCGACCCCGGUGGCAGCRSCGGUGGAAGCGUGCACCAGCCCACCGGUGGGGCCGCAACGGCUCCGGGAGCGCCGAUUCCCUGCCAAGAGACGGGGAUCGGCUGGCUGGAUUCCUGGAAGCCGCCGCGGGGAGAAGAAUCGGAGGGRGCGGGGGAGCGGGGAGGGGGAGAACGGCACCGGAGGCUCCUCCGGGCGCUGGAGGACCUGCGGAACCAGCUCCAUCCACCCAGUCGGAGCGGCCAGCAGCAGCAACAGCACGAAGAAGACACGGCCGAGCAGCAACACACGCGGCUGCGGGAGCGGCGAGAAAACACGCUGCGAAUGGCCCUCACCAAGUCUCGAAUGGAAGAACGAAAACGAGCCAGGGACCGAAAGCGAAAGCGAAAACGAAGGUCCACCGCGCAACCCGCUCCGUCGCUGGCCUACGAAAGCGACGACGGUAGUGGCGAGACAAAGAAAAACAACAACGACGGCGGAAGCAACCGCUUCCGGAGCAAGCUCGAAGGCCUGGCAGAGGGAUCGGCGGAGUGGCUCCUGCACCCGGAACACGCUCCGUCGUCGUCGUCGUCAUCGUCAUCGUUUGCCUCGCGAUUGCUGUGGUCCGGUGGUUCCGAUCCAGAAGAGCGGGCGGCGCAAAAGCCCCCGCAGGUUGUUUAUGCCGCCAGAACCCAUUCCCAGCUAUCGCAAUUUGUCCGGGAAAUCCGAAAGACCGUGUGGGGAAAGACCCUCCGGGUGGUGACACUGGCGAGCCGGGGGCAGGGACUCUGUGGGGAACUCACGGGCCGCAAGCACCACCACCAAAGCAAACCAUUCCACGGCAACCAAGGUCAUAGCAGCAGCAGCAGCAGCAGCAACCGAGAAACGAGGCUGAUGGAAGCCUGCCUCGACCUCCGCAAAUCCAAGAAGGGCUGCUCCCACUACCCCAGCGACGRAUCGGUCGCUACUCUGGCACUGCACGGGCUCGCAGAGGGGGCGACCGACCUCGAGGACCUCGUCGUCCUAGGGGGAGCCACGAGGACCUGUGCCUAUUACGCCACGCGCAUGGCCCUCCCCCACGCCCAGCUGGUGGUGGUCCCCUACACGACCCUGUGCAGCUCCAGGAGCCGGGCCUCGCUGGGGCUGGAACUCCAUUCGAACACGCUGGUCCUGGUCGACGAGGCCCACAACCUGCCGGCCGCCAUCGGCCAUCUGACCUCCGCGGUCCUGGCCCUGGGCCACUGCGAGGGGGCGGGGGAGCAGCUCACCGGCUACCUGGCGAAGCACCGGGACAAGCUGUCGGCGGUUCACCUGCGGUGGCUGGGGCAGCUCAAGCAGCUGAUCCGCGGAUUGAUCGCGGGCAUGAUCGGCAACACGAACAAGACCAAGACBAAGAAUGCAAUGGCGCCGCAAACGGUGCCGGAGGAACACCGGGACCAUCCGCAACAGCGGUUGCUGCUGUCUUCCAGCCAGUUCUUGGUGUCACAAAAACUGGAAGCCAUCAAUCUGUUCCCCAUUCUGCGGUACAUGGAAGAAUCCAGGCUCUCGCAGAAACUCCUGGGCUUCAUGCCACCACGAGAGACGCCAGAAACGACGGACGGAGGCGGUGCUUCGUCGUCGCCGCCGCAGUCUUCWCACGUAUCCCCCAUGUCGAUCGUAGAAACAUUUCUGGAAAAACUCACCUACGCCAGUGACAGCGACGGAAAGGUGGUAAUCGACCGGGGRCAGCGAGCCACAAACCCGAAUGCAAGCCCACGCAGCGGCGGCAGGGAAGCCUGYCGCUACGAAACCGAGCCACACCUCCGUUUCUGCGUCCUGAACCCGGCCGUCCAUGCCAGUGACGAGCUGUGGACCGCUCCGAGGGCCGUGGCACUGGUGGGUGGAACCCUGCAGCCACUGGACGUGAUGAUGCGGGAGCUGGUCCCCGGGACCAUCGCAGAACACGCGGCCCGCGCACAGGCCUCCUGGAGCGAUCGGGGACCGGAUUCCAAACCUACCGCGGCCGCAACCAUCAACCCGUACGCUCGCAAGAAUCGAACAACGCCACCGCCACGCACCACAACAACAGUAACAACAACAACAACAACAACAACUCCCAGUACUACUACUCAUAUCGUUGCUACAAAGCACCACCACAAGAAUAGGAAUCGCGAGAGCCACCAUAGAUUAUACCGAAGCGAGGAAUUCUGGGCCUUUACCUGCGGACAUGUGGUAGAUCCUUCYCACGUUCUCCUGCAGUCCCUCACCAGGGUCGGUGGCACACAAAUCGAUGUACGGCACAAGACCAGGUCGAUGCCUUCGAUGACCACCGCCAUUGGAACCGCGUUGGUCCGCUUGUGUGGGAGCGUUCCAAACGGAAUGGUGGUAUUUUUGCCCUCGUACAAGUACGAGGCAGUCCUGGUGGAAGCCUGGAAACGGAGGGGUUCUUCCGCUGGAUCCGGGAGCAGCGGCRUGAAGCACGCAACCAUUUGGGACCAGUUGCAAAAUGCGACCACSGUCGUCCGAGAACCAAGAGAGGCCUCCCAGGUAGAAGCCACGCUAACUCGAUACGCCCAGGCAGCCACGAAAUCUCGAAAGGGUGCUCUGCUUCUAUCGGUAGUCGGUGGAAAGCUUUCGGAGGGGAUCAAUUUUUCCGACGAUCUCUGCCGGUGUGUYGCGGUGGUCGGUCUGCCCUUUGCCGAUCGAUCCGACCCCCUUUUGCAGGAAAAGCUCAAGCUCGUUGGGUCCAAUGGCAGCAGUAGCAACAGCAGCAAUGACAUAAACUCACAGGCGGCAAGGGAUUACUAUCGGAGCUUGUGCCUGAGAGCGGUCAACCAGAGCGUGGGACGGGCCAUUCGGCACGCCGGGGAUUGGGCCACCAUCGUACUGAUGGAUACGCGGUACCCAAAUGAYGAGGCCAUCGCUCGGGGCUUGCCCUCCUGGUUGACCGAGAGCACCCCUUMCUGGAGGAAGGAUUCCGGAGACCUAGAGAACCUGAUCCUCCGGUCUGAAUCCUUCUUCCGYGGUACCCUCCGUUUUUAGCGAGGAAGAAGAGAGUCAUUGCGUCGAUUGGAUGAAUUUGCGCGGUAUGCGGUAAAUUAAUAGGAUGAAACGGCUCGAGUUUCUGCUUUGUGGUAUCGUUGUUAUGGACCCUUGCAUGAGCAAUAGUUUGCUUCUUCCACCAUGCAGUCAUCCAAUUAUCGCAAAUGUUCAUAAAGGAUCAUAACAUUUCCAUUACAGUACCUGACCUUGGAGGGGUGCCAACUGGUUACGCGACUUGUCGUCCUAAUGUUUCAGAACGCCAUUAGCUUAUGGUUUAGCAUUAUUUACAUCGUGUAAUUGAAAUUCAUGGAAUCGGAAACAUCAAUAAGUUUAAGUACGAAGU